CAGACGAGGAAAAGGCCUCGGCCGCCCCGUUUCUAAAACAAUGAACGGGUGUUUCCGUUGGGCCUGCUCCGUCUACCUGCCGCUUGAACACACAGGUGGUAGGUAGCCUCUUUGUCUGCUACCCCCCCGGUAACGCGCAUGCGUGCGCGAGCUCUUUACCAUACAGGUGCUCAACCCACCAGAGGACACGCAGCAGGUAGAGGCCGGGCCUCAAUCGCGAGCACCGAAAGCCACAGAAAGAUCCGCACUCCUCUUUGUUGCUGUGAUCAUGGGCGGGGCGCAUGACAGUAACUGCAGCGGGAUGAUAUGACAGAUACAGCAGAGAGCAGGGUCAACAUGGAGGAUUUUUUCAGAACGGUGGGAGAGGUGAGAAGCCUCAUUGAAAAAAUCUCCUGUCAAGCAGAGGAGGUGGAGAGUAGACAUGGCGCCAUCCUCUCCUCUCCAGACCAAGACAAGAGGAAUAAAGAUGAGCUGGAGCUGCUGAACAGCGAGAUCAAGAAGGGCGCCAACUCGGUGCGAGCCAAGUUGAAAUCCAUGCAGAAAAACAUGCCUGUGGAGGAGCACGGUGAAAGUGCCUCAGUAAUCCAGCGGAUAGAGAAGAACCAGCAGUCACACCUGACCCGGUGCUUUGCUGAAGCCAUGCGGGGCUACCAUAAGGCACAAAUAUCCUUCAGAGAGAAAUGCAAAGCGCAAAUUCAGAGACAACUGGAGAUUGUGGAUAAAGUGACAACAGAUGAAGAGUUGGAGGAGAUGCUGCACCGUGAUAAUCUUGCCAUCUUCAUAUCUGAUAUAAACUCGGACGCUCAGAUUUCUAGCCAGGCUCUGAGUGAGAUUGAAUCUCGUCAUCAAGACAUCAUCUUCCUCGAGUCCGCCAUCAAAGAGCUGCAUGAGAUAUUUGCUGACACUGCCAUGCUGUUGGAGAUUCAGGGGGAGCUGAUCAACAACAUAGAAAAGAAUGUGGCAAGUGCUGCAGAGUAUGUGGAUAUGUCCAAAGCAGAAACCAAUAAAGCAGUCACAUACAAGAAGAACCCAUACAAGAUAGCAUCCUUCCCGAGCUUCUUCAAAGCCUUCAAGAGGCAAACCACUGCUAAAACUGCUGCUGAUCAAAACAUCUCAGACUUAAACCAUGACUGAGCUCCUGAAUCUGUUUUGAAGACUGACUGCAGCUAACACACAGAUCAACAGAAAAGCCUGUGCGCCAUUGAAAACACUUCAUCUGAUUACAGUACGGUGCCUGUCUGCCAUCUGGGAGGCCUUCUUUCUAAGGGAGAGUGAGGAAGCUGUUAUUUUUAACUUUAAUGGUGAAUUCGAAUUUGAACUACUAUAAUAAUGAUCUGUCCAAUUAAAAUGCCAAGCCUGUGGACAGGCCUUGCAAGCUAGUUUGUGAGCCUACCUGUGGACUGCUAAAAGGGCAAAUGCAGCAGAGGACACUGCCAUACAACCAAAAAAACAUACAAUAUAAUUUUAAGUUCUUUGUCUGUGUUUACAGACUCCCAAUCCCGAGACUCUUGCCCUCAGCCCCAUUUCCAUUACAAUAACUAAACUGGUCAAAACAAUCUUAAAACAUUAACUCACUUGUUCCUCUUAGUGGUCAGUAGGUGGCAUGACAACAUCAGAUGCAACUCUGAACCAGGAUCAUUCACUUCCUAUCUGCAGUCCUGUUGGUGUUUUUGUCUGAUACUGUGUGUGUUACUAAUGCAAUGCAAUGUAAUGUCAUGUCAUGUUGUCUGAUACUCAGAAAGGAAUGUCAGUUGUGGUGACCAUUCCAAUCCUGAAUUAAAUCUAUUGUAUGUGGUGAA